AAUAACAUCAAAUAAUUAAAGUUAUUUGAUAUUUUAAGCUAAAAAAAUGUUUUACAGAACAUAAAUAUUUGUUAACAACUAUUCUUUUAUCAUUAUUAAAAUGUCGAAUGAUGCCAAUAAAUCAAAAGAAACAGAUGCAGAUGCUGAUUGCAGUGUAAAUAAAAAAGACCCUAACUCGAUUGCAUCUGAUAAUGCAAGGUUUAAAUCUGACACACAAAAUGUGAAUAACUCUGGUGGAUUAAAUGAAGAUCAAGCAUCGAUAAGUAGGAAUAAACAACCAUCAGGUAACGGCAACCAAAGAUGUAGUAACGGUCUUGAUAAAAUAUUUAGCGAUUCAUCUGUAUUCAAAACAUUUGGAAUAGAUAAUAAACUCAAUAUUGAGUAUUUUCCCCAUACUUCAGUCAUUAGAUCUACUAAUGAUACGAUUUCGAAGUUAUCACAAAUAUCGAAUAAUAAAUUGAAUUCGCGGCCAAAUAAUGAAAUAAAAUCUGGUGCGUCAGAUGUAUCACUUGAAAAGUUUAAAGAAUCUAAAGAUUUUGUAUAUUAUAAAAAUGUGUCGUUACCAAAUGAGUCAAGACAUAAUAAAAAUGAUGCCAACAAUACAAAAUACUUCAAUAUGUUUUCAACAUCAAACAAAAAUGAAGCAAUAAAAAGUAUAAAUUUUAAUGCCUAUGAACAAUUUGGAAACAAUAAUGCAACGUCUUCCUUCGAUGUCACACUAAAUUCUUUUAAAAGUAAACCUGCAACCAUUAAAGAAGCAUGUGAUUUUGAUCGACGAAGUUCAGCUACUAGUCCCAUAUCUGAUAUGAAAGGUUCCAAAAUGACACCCAGACCAUUAAAAAAAGCUUGGUUGUAUCGGCAUACGGGUGAGGAUGAAUUGGAAAAUGCUAAGUUUGAUGACAUGGCUCAAAAUGGCAUUAAUAGCUUUGACAAGACUUUGACAAAAAAUUGUACGGACUCUAGUUUAACAACUAAUUUGAACUCAAAUUUCUACUUUACAAAUCUAGGAACUGAGAAGCUAAAUGGUAUUAUCAAAAACAAUAUUCUACAAAAAAAUUGUAAUACGUUGAUGAAAAAUAAUGAUAAAACAUAUGCACGUAAAUUGUUUGAAGACAGAGCUGCCAAACAAGGAAUAAAAAAAUAUAGUAACAUUAGACGAAGCUUCAACGGAUCUUUUAAAUAA